AUGUCGAUUAACGCGAAUUAUACUGAUUGGAACGUAGACCAUACAGAAUCGUCAAGGAGAAAGAAUAAUGACAAGGAUCUUCGGCAACGAAAGAGAGAAUUUAUUAAUAAACUUCGACACGCACGAACAAUAGAAGAACAAUUAGUCGAGUUUUCUGAAGUUCCACGAGUUUUAGAGGAGAAUCCAAUACCAGAUAUUAUUCAACUUGCUGAGAAUAAUAAACUUCGACGAUGUAUAGUGGAAGUAUUUAAAAAAACAAAAACUUGCUUUACCCAAAGUAAUUAUUCGGUUUUUGAACAAGUUGUUAAGAAUAUAUUUUUUCUUUUGGAGAAUCAAAAUACUGAUCCCGAAGCUCGCUCACUUUCUCUAAGAGCUCUUGGGUGUUUGUCAAUUUUAUUAACAGAUAAUAUAGACAUUCACACUGGAAUACUUCAACGUCUUGAUUCAAAAGUAGAAAUUGAAGCUAAUGCGGCAAUUUAUGCAGUAGACAAAAUAUGUUCCAAAUCUCAAGCAUUUGCAACUCUUACGUGUGAUAAAUUAGCCAUAAAACUCCAAUCCAAAGAAAUUUCUGAAACAUUUAAAUUAAAAUUAAUUCGAGUUUUACGUCAUAUGCAUUGGGAAGCCAAUUUGGCUCAUAAGACUCGAUGUAUUUGUUUGGAAUUGCUGGAAAACGAGACCGAUGAAAAAGUAAUAUUGACGAUAUCCAAAACCUUAACAUAUUUAUCAUGUCGGGCACCUAGUGAUAGUUCAGAACAAGUUAAUUAUGAUUAUGUAACAAUUAUUGAUUUAUUAAUUAUAUAUGUGAGCAAUUGCUCAUAUGAAAAUGUGAAAAUUAGCGCAUUAAAUGAUAUCAUGAAAUUGACACGUGUUAAAUCUAUAUUUGAAGUUUCGCAAGUUUUGAAAUUAUUAAAUUUAGUAAACGGAACAACAGAAAAGAACGUUAAAAUCAAAUUAUUUCGUAUUCUGACAUUCUUAUUUAAACAAAGAAAAAUUUUGGCAGGAAUUAUGUCAUGCAUUUCAGAUAAAAAUGCUAGAAUAGAAGCAAUUUGUUAUAUGCAAAAAUAUAUAGAAUUAAUUCAUCCAUAUUGGGAAGAAGUAGCUGUGAUUACUGUCAAAUUUUUUAUUGCAAUACUUAAUGAAGCAGAACGUAUAGAAGAGACUACUUCACAUUCUAUUGGAAAUGAAUGGGAUGAACUUUUUGCUGAAGUUUCUAAAGUUAUCUUGAUGGCCAGUGAAUUAAGAGGAUCCAUAACGCAGACAUUAAACAAUAAAAUACUUGCAAUUAUAAAAUAUAAAGAACUUUUACAAAUGCCAAAGUCAUUCUCCAUUAUGGCAAAGGUAAUUCUAAGAACACACUCAUUCGAAGUAGCAAAAUCAGAAGAAUUUCAAAAUAUGUUUAUUCAAUUACUUAAAGAAUUCGGGCAAUGUUCUAAAAAUAGAAGUAAUCAAUGGUUAAUAUAUUUAAUUGGGGUUGAAGCUGGAAAAUCUGGAUGUUGUAAUAUUAUGGCUAGCAUUAUGAAUAAUUUUAUUGCUGAAGUUGAUGUAGAUUCAAUACGUAAUUGGUUUAGAGCUUUAUAUAAUGUUGGAUCUGGUGGUAAUUACAUAAUGAUUUCGAAAAACAAAACACAAAUGCAAUCAAAAGAUGUUUUUGAUUUAAUGGGUGAAUCUAUUCGUCAUUAUAGUAUAUGUGAUGCUGAAUUAAAUGGAUUUAUGUCAUUGACGGAUACUUGUAAUCAAAGAUUUUUUUCCAGAUGGUAUUGUCAACUUCGUUGCAAUUAUUUGUCUACAAUGAGGCUUCUUUUGGAAGAAGCCACUAAAAAUCCAGGUGACACAUCAAGUUUUGAUGUAUCGAUGAAAUUUAUACAUGUUGAACUAAUGAGAACAGCGGAUUUGCAUAGUUUCGUGGCACGUUCAUUUUUUGAUAUUGAUGAAGAUACUUUUUCGCAUGUAGUUCAAUGUCUUACCAUUGAAGACGAAAAGUGGCAUAAUAAAACUGCCGUAAUUCCAUUUUUUCCACUGACGACAAAUGAAGUUCUCUCAGUUAUAUACAAUUAUUUAUUGGAUAUACUAAGCAUUCCAGUAAAUAUACCACCAUUUUUCUUUAAUAGGCAGAGAGGAACUUAUCUUCAAUGGCCUAAAAUGCCUACCAUUGAAGUAAUUUACGAUUCUCAGACAAAACCGGAUGAACCACAAUUUGUUUUAAAGUUAGAAGGAGUUGUGAAUCCAAGUCAAAAUUCUACGAGGAAAGUGAAAAGUCUUCAAUUUAUCAUUUUUUGUUCAAAUGAGAAUUUCUUAGAAUUUGCAAAUCCUGAAGAUACAAUAUAUGAUAAUUAUGUUAUAUCAGAAAUUGCAUUAAAACAUUUUAAAGAAAAGGAUCCCACCGUGACAACAAUUUAUAAUCACCCACUUAAUACAUUUAAUAGCAAUUCGUUCGUUUGCAACAUUACUCUUACACUUAAAUUAAUUAAAAAAUAUUUAAAUAUACAUAUUAAUUUGGUUGAUUUUAAUGAUGAAUCUUGGACAAUAGGACCUGACUU